AUGACUUUUAGCCAAAAAACAAAGAAAAAGAAAGAGAAAAAGAUUGCACAUUAUGUGAAGCAACUCCGCCACAAAUGCAAUUCAGCCAUUGAAGACGGAUCCAACCCUUUUUACCUGCAUCAUACUCAUAAUCCAGGUUUAAUUCUUGUCUCACAACCAUUAACUGGAGACAAUUACGCCUCAUGGAGCAGAUCCAUGAAGAUCGCCCUAUCUGUGAAAAACAAACUGGGAUUCAUUAAUGGUUCCAUAUCUCGACCAGCAGGAAAUGAUGAUCUGCUUAAGUCUUGGAUGCGCAAUAAUAAUAUUGUGAUCUCGUGGAUUUUAAAUUCAGUAUCCAAGGAGAUUUCAGCCAGCAUCAUAUAUGCUGAAUCUGGACAGGAAAUCUGGAAUGACCUUAAAGAGAGGUAUCAACGAAGGAAUGGUCCUUGCAUUUUCAGCUGA